GCGGUAACUGCACGUAUUUAUAGACAUAUAGUAGUAGUAUUUCAGGUCCUAAAUUGGGUACUGUUGCUUUACACUUUCAGUGUAUAAAGCAAACGCCUAUUACAAUUAUUUAUCAGAAUUCCCCAGCAUUUUUUUAUGCAAAAGCAAGGAGAUCAGAUUAGAGCUCUGUCUGAUCUUGCUACUUGCAAAUAAACCAAAAAAUUCAUGUGUCCCACUUUUAGCUCAUUUUCUUUGUGAUUUUUUUUUUCAUUUACCAAUUUCUUAAACAUGACAUAGGUUACAUAUAGUUGUUACAAAUUAAAGAAAAAAAGUUCAAGUGCCAUCAAAGUCUUCAUUAUCUACAUGGAACAGUCAAGAAAACAAGAUGAAUCAGAGUUCAACUUGAGGGAAUGGGCUCUUAAGGCUAAACUUAACAGAGAAAAAACCAAUUCAAGAAGGUACUCUGCAUCUUAUAUUCGAAGUUUUAGAGAAGAGGCAAAAUCUUUUAGAUCAAAUGCAACAAUUUCAAGUACUGCUUCCUCCCCUGGCUACACAUUAAGAGAGGAAAUUGAUCCAUCAAAAUAUUCUUUUACCACUGCCCUUAAAGCAUUACAGGCAAAAACAAUAUACAGUUGGGAAUAUAUGUCACCAGAUGGUUUGGCUUUGAAUUCAAAAUGGAAUGAAGCUGAGAAAUACAUAUGCAAUCCAUUGUCAGGGGAAGUUCCUUUAGAAUGUUUGUCUGCAAAAAUAUUAAGUACAAGAUCAUUUAGACAACCAGCAAGCAGAAUUACCAUCUCAGGACCUCUCAUUUAUCCUUCUCAGAUUCAGAGUACACCACAAUUCCAAACAAAGAACCAUGUGAAAAGACCUUCUUUUCCUACACAUGAAGAAGUUGACAUCCAAAUCCCAACCAAAGAGAAGAAAGAAGUUAGCAUUACAAGAGAUGUGGGAACACAGAGCAUUUCAGCUUAUGUAAGUUCAAAUAGUCCCAGUCCUGCUUUAACUCCAUCAAUUGAAGAAAUGUCUAUGAAGCUAAGUGAAGCAGCUGACUCCUCACCUAUGACUACUCCAUCCAUUAAGGAAAUAUCCUCAGAUCACUCUCCUGUGACUAGUCCAAAAUUAAAAUCUGAGCAAGAGGUGGAAGUGAAAGAAAUAGGAGAGGAAGAAGACACAAAAAGAAAUGAGGAAAUGCAGGAAGAAGGACAGAGAAAGAAAGUGAAAGAGAUGUGCAGGAAAUUGGGUGGGGGAUGCUUGUCAUGGAAGAGUUUGUGGAUGAGAAGAACAAGGCAGAGAGAGAAGCGUAAAUCAAGAAAUAACAACAUUUUUCUUUGCCAUUUAAAUGGAUGCUAUAAACAUUAAUAGAUUUCAAAAAUACAUGUCCUUUGGGGAUAGAAAGAUUCUCUUUCCAUCACACCCCCUCUUUUCUUAGAUUCUAGUAUAUCUACCAAGGAUAUUUAAUAAUUAAUUUAUAUAUAAUUAAUAUAUAACAUGCAUGUCUAUUCUAAUA